GAAUUUUAGGCUACUUUACGCUUUAGGCUUUACCUAUACUACUUCAUGCCUACUACUAUUGCAAUGAUUUAUGAUUGCAAUCAAAAAUACAACUUUGGAAUAAUAAUAAUUAAUUUCUUGACGUGUCUAAAAUUUGAAAUUAAAAAACUUAGUUAUUGGAUGGAAUAAAAUGCAUGUUGUGUGAGAAACAGUUCGCUCACAAUAUAUUUGUUUUUGAAAAAGAUAUAUACUGAUAACCUUCACGAUUGCUGAUAGUUCACCAUCUGUUUGUUGCCAAUUUUCAUAAAAGUAUAGCUAUUUUGGGAUCAAAUAGUACUUUAAAAACCAUCACAAGACAGAAUAUAUUUGGCAUCCUUGAAGAAUAUUUAACGACAAUUUGGUUCAACAGGAGUUGUGCACAUUUAUCAAAACAUUUAUUUACAAGUCAAUUAAAUUUAUAAGGGAUUUUUUAAAGAUUUUGAAAAGGAUGUAUUGAAUUUUCAAUUACUAACGCUUGUUUAUUGUAUAAUUGAGAUUUUUGAAAACUCAACCAGUCGAGAAAAUGUCGAAAGGAAACGACAGUUUCGGUAGCAACACUUGUAUUGUUUGUUACAAAAAUGUUGACAUCUUUAGCAUUGGAAUGUGUGAACAUCCCGUUUGUUACGAAUGCAGUACACGAAUGCGUGUACUUUGUCAACAAAAUGAAUGCCCCAUUUGUCGUCAGGAUCUUCCAAAAGUUGUAUUUACUCGUGAGCAAAAGCCAUUUCGACAUCUGAGGAAAGGACCGCUGGUCGACGAGAGAUACAACAUAUUUUUCGAAAAUCUCGAAAUCCAGGAGAGAUUCACUGAAUUGCUGGCUCACAGUUGCUCAAUAUGUCCCGAGAGACAAGUCUUGAGUAGCUUUACCAGUUUAAACGAUCACAUGAGACGGAGGCACGAUCGUUUCUUUUGCGAACUUUGUGUCGACAAUUUAAAGAUAUUUUCGCACGAAAGGCGCUCCUACUCGAGACACGAAUUGAAUCAGCAUCUUGUAAAGGGAGACUUGGACGACAAGAGUCACAAGGGCCAUCCGCAGUGCAAGUUCUGCGUGAAACGCUACAUGGACAAUGACGAAUUAUACCGACACUUGAGGAGGGACCAUUUAUACUGCCAUUAUUGUGACGCCGAUGGUCUUCACCAAUAUUACAGUUCGUACGACUACCUCAGGGAGCAUUUUCGACAUGAGCAUUAUCUCUGUGAGGAAGGAUCCUGCGCCGAGGAGAAGUUCACAAGCGUUUUUCGAACAAACAUCGACUUGAAGGCUCACAAGGCCACGAUUCACGGACGACAAAUGGGGAAAGCGGCGGCCAAACAAGCGCGAACCCUCGAAUUGGAAUUCACUCUGGCGCCGAGGGGCGACAAUCGCUACAGGCGGGGCAUGGGUCCGCCGACCUCGAGGAACUUGAGGGAACAGGAUUGGAACCCUCGCGAGCAGGACGCGGGCGCCGUGGGCGGUGACUUCAUUCCGCCGGAAAUGUACGUUCAGCAACCACUGGUUGACGUUCAGAGCACUGAACAGUUUCCAAGUCUCGGAAACUCGGCUCCAAUUAUACCCAAGAACAAGGGCGGCCGUGGUAAUGUUACGAUUCGCAGUACCCUGCGGCAACCCCUGGAAAUAACGGACGAGAAUUUCCCCGUCUUGGGCCCCGAACCCGGAAACAGUGGCAUUUCGAAAACGGUCAACCUGAGUGUGUCCAGCACGAAUAAAUACGGCACGAGUGGAACCCAACGCCAACAAAACUCAGCUCCCACGAAUGUCUCCAUUCACGUGAACCAUAAGGCGAACGGCACUAAUAUCAGAAUCAGGCCCUCGAGAGACUCCGAAUUCCCGGCGUUAGGUCGAGCCGAACCCUCAACGAGCAAUUCGAAUACUUCCCAAUGGACGAAGAUCACUUGCGUGAAACAACCGGCCGUCACCCAGAAAUCCAAGAAAGUCGCCCCCGCACCUCUCGCCGCCUCACCGCCAACCAUAAACUCUGGUGAGGAUUUUCCAACUCUACUCAAGUCCUCCAAAUACAAUAAACAGUCAACUAUUUCCGUCGUGCCCUCCAGUUCCUCGUGGGAGCCGCCGCCGCCGCCGCCACCAACAACGCCACAGACGGACACAAACACAGUGAAAAGCACAAGUGACGCGACGAAAGGUAAAGCGAAAAAGAAAAAAGUCAAGCAAAACGGAAAUUUAAAUAUCGAUUGGAAUACUCCCAAUGCCAAGAAAGAAGAAUCGAAGAAAUCGGAAAAGAAGAAAUCACCGAAAAAGGAGUUUUCUCAAUCCAAUGACUCGCCUAAUGAUCAAAAACCAUUACCGAAGAGGGAUACGAGAAACAAGCAGAAGAAAGCAGAAGAAAGCAACUAUGAAAUUGAAAAUGAAUCACUGGAUAAUAACCAAAGAAAACGAUCCGAAUUAAAGAUCGAUAGUUUAAAUUCAACAAACAACAAUAGAUUUGACAAAUCCAAGGAUUUCCCGGCAUUAUCUAGUGGGGGGAGUAAACCACCAGGGCUUACAAAUCCACCGCCUGGUUUCUCCACUUCAGUGCCGCCGCCAGGAUUUUUCGUCAAGCUGAAUAAUGUGAAACGACUGCAAAAUGACAAUGGUUUGACGUUCACCAACAGUUCCGGUGAAAGUUAUUCAAUAAUUCCCGACAAUGAUUGUCAAAGUAAAAAUUAUCCCUAUAUAUCGCCGCCUGAUUUUCAAAAGAGGAACCGUCAACUCGUGGAGAAAGUAAAUCAAGUGUUGGAUCAAGAAUUGAUUGAUGAGUUCCGUUUUGUCAGUGGGUUGUUUCGUCAAGAUGUUUGUAAUGCCAAUGACUAUUAUGAACGUUGUCGAGCUGUUAUGGGCACGUCAACUUUUGAAAGUGUCUUCACCGAACUUCUUGUUCUAUUGCCAGAUAUUAAAAAGCAACAGGAACUCUUUAAAGUCCAUAAAAAGGAAGUUAACGGCCAAAUAAAAAACUUAGAAUUAUGCGCGACAUGCGGACAAAUAUUAACAAGUGCCGAUCUUCAAUCGCAUUUGUCCAGUCAUACAUUUCCGGCCCUCGGUGAAAAAAUCGCCAUUGAACAUUCAAACAAAACAUGGGUUCGAAAAUAAUCGAAUUCAAAUAAAAAAAUUAAAAAACACUCAAAUUAUUUAUUUCCUGGUGAAGUAAUCUAUUUCUCGGAGCGACUCGGUUUGUGUAAUUUAUUCAAGUUUCAAAACAUUCAAAAAGUAAACUUUCAAGCAUUUAAAAGAAAUUUUUUCAAUAUAUUUUGACUAAUCAACUUUUUGUAAAAACGUGUUCAAAAUCCAAUUUUUAAGAUUUUACACUAUUUUGGUUAGAAACAUAAAGUUUCUUAUUUUAAUUUCCUGUCAAGAAUCGAAUAUAUGUAACGAAGUUAAGAUUCAAAAUUUAUUGAAGACGAUCGACGAUCGAGAAUUUUUUGUCGGAUGUAUAGUAUAUAUAUAUAUAUUUUAUAAGAAAACAAAACAAAUGUAGAAAUAAUGUAAUUCUUUGUGUUGAACAGCAACUUUAAAUAAACUUUUCUCCUUUUUCUGUUCAAAUAAAUCCGUGCGUGCCUAGUGUGUUUAAGUGCGUGCAUGUACAUAAAUGGCAAAUUAUGUUAUAUAAUUUGUUUGUAGUUUCAAUAGAUAUUAUUUAGAUAACGAGCAUACACAAGAGAAAAGCAUUCGAAAAAUAAAGAGAACAAUUUAAAGGCACAGUUUAAAAAUGAUGGACUGGACAGUAAAUAAAAAAUAACGGUUGUACUUCCAUCAUGUUUUGUACAAUAAUUAAAGUUAUUAAUAAAGUACAAGAUUAAUUUGUAAAAA